GUGGUGAUAAUUAUCGAUCGGGCCGGGAGAAAAAGAUCUAAAAAUGGCGACUCUUUUGGGGUCCCAACGGGUGCAAAUCCUGUGUACUUGCGGCCUUAGUUCGCCGAUUACUAAACUUUAUUUCUGCAAACAUUGCUUGAAGCUGAGAUGCGGACGUUGUGUCUCUCACGAGGUGGAUUCCCACUAUUGCCCCAACUGCCUGGAGAAUAUGCCCUCAGCUGAGGCAAGAAUCAAGAGAAAUCGUUGCCCAAACUGUCUAGACUGUCCGAGCUGCAAGCACACGCUAUCGACGCGGGCCACCAGCAUGGCAGUGCCGGACGCCAGUGAUCCGUCCAAGGCAACCACGAAGAAGGUAUACUACCUGGCUUGCGGAUUCUGCCGCUGGACUUCAAGGGAUGCUGGGAUAUCGGACAAGGAAGUGGCAAGCGGUGCGUGGGUUGAGCCAGCAAACGAACAUACAAAGAGGAUCCGAGAGCUCCUUGACUUCUACCGACAGCUGGCGGGCCGCGAAAAGAUCGAACGGGAGAAGAAGAAGUACACUCGUCGGCGGACGUACUUCCACAUUCAGGAGAAACUAUCGGCUCCCACCUCCUCCGGAACACGACGUAGUAGCGGAUUGCUGACGGCACUCUCCAGCUUCAAUUUGAAGGAGGGAGAGCAGGCAGAGGAGGUGACCAUCAAAGUCAUUGAGCCUAUGGAGGAUGCGGACCCGGUCCCAGCCAAAUACUUCACCCAGCCGGUCAUUCUGGAGAAAGUUCCCAGCAUCCGCCAGCGUUUCUUACAGCCUGAGAUGUCAGCGUCCAUUGUCAAUGAUCUGUAUCCAAGACACAAACAUCUGCUCAUCAAACGCUCUCAAAGAUGCAGGGACUGCGAGCAUAAUCUGAGCAAACCAGAAUUCAACCCUUCCUCCAUCAAGUUCAAGAUUCAACUCAUCGCAAUGCAUCACAUCCCCGAUGUCCGUAUCUUCCUGGUCCCCAAGUUGAACUACCAGCGAGAGAGCGUGGUCACUCUCCUACUGACCAACCCAGUCCAGAACGCCACGACCGUCCAGCUAGAGGCACCGGAGAAGACAGAUGAAGACAACGACGUGGCGACGGCCAAGGUGAUCGUACCAGAUGAGGAAUUGAUUCUUGCCGCUAAGGAUGACACCACGGAGUUUGACGAUUCGUCUUCAGACACCAAAGAUUACGACGACAAACCAGAGUUUGUCCAUUUCCGGAAGGCUCACAAACUUGGGAUUCUUGUCAAAGUGACUCCGCUAAAGGCCGUUGGAGAUGUCAUUAUUGCUUUCAAUCUCAAGUAUGAGUACAAGAACGCCACGCCUUCCCUACGCAGCUCCACGGAGACCCAGAGCGAAGUGGAGACGGUCUGGUUGGAGCAUCCCGUCUCUGUCAAUCUAGGAGCACUGGCCCAGAACCAGUGAAGCAAUCACGGAAAAAAAAGCU